CAGGACCUUGAGCUGUAAAGUGUAGAUAUCACCCUAUUAAGGUUGUAUUGUGUUCGUGUGAGUUACAAUGGAGUACUCAUAUUUGGAUUAUUUGGGCGACUUACCAGAUAUUCUGGAUGAUGAUUUAGAGCUGGUAGAUAUUAUUGUGAUGGGACUACCCAGGCGCACUUAUAGUCGGCCAAAUUACUCUGAAGAAAUGGAUCCACUGGGUUUUUUCAGAAGGUUCCGGUUAUACAAGGAAACAGUGUUGCAUGAAUCACAGCAUUUCACCAAUGAAUCAGCUUCUAUGCUGCUUAAGGUACUAUGCCAGUGCCGGUCAUAUUAGGCAAACUGCUUAUUUUAUGGGAAUGCAUGCAAGCACAGCCUGCAGAAUUGUUGGAAGGGUAUUAAGAACUAUAGCCAGCUUAUUCCCAAGUUAUGUCAAAAUUCAAUUAUUUAAUUGUAACACAGUAUAUUGAAAUGCCUACAAUACAGAAUCACAAUAUCAAUACUGCUCAAGAAUAAAUGAUUAAUUAUUUUGGAAAUCUUUGAAUGUUUCUUUUUCGAGGAAUAA